CACUUUCCUCCUUCAUUUCCACCUCACAUCUCUCUCGCAUCUUGAUCUUUCUCUCCAUUUUCACCUUUCGUCUUUCGCACUUUGAUCUUUUUCUCCUCCACUAGAAAUCCCUCCUCUUCCACUUGCAUCUUACGCCUCUCUCGGACACCUCCAUAUCUUUCCUCUCCAGUCCCUCCACCCACAAUUCCACCUUACGUCUCUCGCCUCUCCACCUCCUCCCACACCUCCAUCUCAUUUUUCACCACCCACAAUCCCUCCUUCAUCUCCACUUCACUUCUCUCUCGCACCUCCAUCCUUCUCCUCCUCCUCCUCCUCCAGCCACCUCCCACCCGUCCACCCCGCCAGCUUUCCCUCCCACUCCCAGAUCCCGGUGGCUGUGGGGCCCAAGACUGGCUGACUGUGGUUUCUGGGGUUAGUUUGCUACUCACUACCCAUGAACAAAGACAAGGGGCCACAUCUCCUGCUCUCUUAGUGUGUCACAUCUCUUCCACCACCCACUGAUUGAUAUUCGCUGCCCAUAUUGAACAUUGACCUUGACCUCGAUUGCACGCCUCCUCCUCCAUCUCCUUCUUCUCUUCCUUCAGUGAGUGAGUUUCGCCUCUCCACGCCCCGUCAGGAUGGCCGGGGCGUGGCUGCCGUUGCUGCUGUGCGUGGUCGUAGCAGGAGCAGCAGAAGCAGGAGGAACAGGAGGAUCAGCAGAACCAGCAGGAGCAAGCAGUGGCAGAGCAGGAAAAUCAAAGAAAACGGAGAUGCAAGAUAACAAAAGGGGACGCUUGCUUAAUGAGGAUGAGCAUUCGUUUGUAAACUACGGGAACUCAGUGGUCAUUGGCCCCGCCCCACCCCGCCCCGAAGAUACCCCGCCGCACACGAGAGCUAAUUCGAAGUUUACGUCCAGCGAGCCCCCUACGUCACCCCCGCCGAAGGGACCGCCCAAAACACACAUCUUCAGGACUUCGAUCUCCUCCCCUUCGGCACCUCAAACAGACAUGGCGGACAUCCUCACCAACCUGCAGAUCCUGAACAUCCUCACGACGCAGGAUUCAUUUCCAAGACACCUCAAAAACGUCCAGCUAGGGGUGAGGAACGAGGGGUUGAGGCCACCGGAAGGGCAGAUGGCUGGUGUGUAUAAUAUCGCGGCGCGCAACACUAUUCUCACAGGGCAACAUCCCGCUUCGAUGCUUCACCAGCUGCUCCUCAACCCCGCCCCUGACCCUGCCGGACCCAACCUCGCCUCCCCCUUCGAGCUGCCCCCCCUCCACACCCGUCCACUGCAGAAUGAGUCCAAUGGUUCAGUCUACUUCCCCGGCCUCGUCGACCCUCCAGACGUCACUCCAAACCCCACCCACUCCUUCCCAAUCCCCACCCAUUUCACUUCAAAUCCCGCCCACUCCUUUCCAAGCUAUGACCAACCCACUCCAAAGCCCGCCCAUCCAGUCGUGACCCCCGUUCUGACCACUCCAAGCCCCCCUGCCCACUCCACCACUACUCCCACUAAGUCCUCGCCUGAAACCGUCCAUUUCAUCCUCGGUCCUGUCCCCAUCCACUCCAUCCCUAGCCCUUCUCACUCCUUCUUUGACGGUCCCCACUCCAACCCUACGCUCGCCCAUCCUCCUAACUCCCCUCACUUUCCCAUCGGUAACGCCCACUCCAGCCUAUACCCCGCCCACUCCACCUUCAGACCCACGCCUUCAACCCCUAGCCCUACCCACACCCUUCCUUACCUCACCGUUACCCCUCCCCUCCCAACAACCAGCCCCGCUCCUCCUUCCCUGGGCGCGGCACCCCCCACGAGCAGCAGCCUGCUCCCCGUGGUUCCCCCGCCCGGCCUGGACUUGAGCCAAAUCGUCAGCCAGCUGGCAGAGGCUAACAUGGCCGGUCCCGCCCCUACCCCUGCCCUGCCCUCCCUCGGCCAGCUGACUGCACUCAGCCAGUACCUUCGGUGGCUCAAGGAGUUACACCAGGAACAGAUGCAGCAGCUACAGCAGCAGCAGCAGCAGCAGGAGCAACAGGUGGAGUUGGAUCUGGGGCCUGCUAUCACCGAGGAGAUGAUCCUGGCCAGCCUUCUACACACCCACCACGUCCAGGAGGCUGACCAGGGCCCCCUGCCUCCCUCUAUCGAAGCCCCCUAUGUGCCUGCCCUGCACGGCCCCUUCAAUGCAGAGCCCCCGGCCCCGCCGACCCCAGUCAUGCCUCCAGCCCCGCCAAACUCCUUAGUGGAUUUAAUACCGCCGGAUUAUUUACUGACCCAGACUGACAACGGAAGUGUGGGAGGGGGAGGGGGAGGGGGAGGAAGCCUGCAGGAUCUUUCGGUGCCCCAGGCUGACGCCGUGGGAGGUGGGGGAGGCCUGCAGGAGUGCGUCAAGAGCGGUGGCUGUGCCCUGCUGGCUGCCGGAACGCUGGCCGCGUUGCUCACUGGGGCACUCACCGUGCCCUUCAUUUUUCCGGUCGCUGCUGCUGUCGGACUGGGCCGCCGCCGCCGGUCCUUAGAGAGUGAGGGCAGCGGCGUCGUGCUGGAGUACCUAAGGCAGAACCGCGGCGCCCUGCUUGCGGCGGGCAUGGCACGGGUGGAGGCCGAGGUUGGGCGGUCCUUGGACCCCGCCCUGAGGCAGACACUGGAACAGAGCGACCCCCGGCACCUUCUGCCCUUACUGAGACACGCCCUCGCCGGCCGUGGCCCCCGCUCCUCGGGGCUCCUCAGGCAGAUAUGCGAGGCGGCGGCCUCUCCGGGGAUGCCGCCCUCUAUGCCCACGGUGGUCACGGCCCAGCACUGCCUCCUGCUGGCCGCCGCGGCUCACCUCUGACACCCUCACCCAAGA